UCACGGAGGCUUUAUUUGUGUUGCAAGAAUUAUGUGGGUUUCUUUGCCUCGUGUUUUUUGGAGCUUUUAUUGAUGGAGACCGCAUAAGCAUUGAGGUACACGCAGGAAAUUAAAUCAUCAGAAGCAUACAGUGAAGUCAAGGAACUUCCACGUUUUUUAUUGGUUUUGCUUAUUGAAACCUAGUCAUUGAUUUUGCUGGUUCAAAUUGAGGGCAUUGCUGAUACAUAGUUGAGGGGAAAUUUAAAUGGCGACUGGACUCACUGAGCCACUGUCUUCUGAUCACAAGCUUACUCCUAGCAGUUGUGCGAAGAUCCAGUCCGGUUGCUGCAAUCAAAAUGGGCCAGGUUAUGCAACUCCACGAGAAGCAAUGUCUGGACCUCGAGAGAACCUGCUCUAUGUUACAUGUGUGUACACAGGAACUGGAAGAGAGAAGCCUGAUUUUCUUGCUACAGUCGAUGUUGAUCCAAACUCACCUACUUACUCUAAGGUUAUUCACAGGUUGUCCAUGAGUAAUCUAGGAGAUGAGUUGCAUCAUACUGGAUGGAACUCAUGCAGUUCAUGUUAUGGGGAUCCAUCUGCCCAAAGGCGUUUCCUGAUUUUGCCUUCACUGUUGUCUGGCCGUAUUUAUGUAGUUGACACACAGAGUCCAAGAGCACCUUCUCUACAUAGAGCUGUUGAGCCUUCAGAAAUUGUGGAGAAAACUGGAUUGUCAUAUCCUCACACAUCUCACUGUCUUGCAUCGGGUGAUAUCAUGGUCUCAUGCCUUGGAGACAAGGAUGGAAAUGCUAAAGGAAAUGGGUUUCUACUACUUGAUACUGAGUUCAAUGUGAAAGGAAGGUGGGAGAAACCGGGUCACAGUCCCCUUUUUGGCUAUGACUUCUGGUAUCAACCACAGCACAAGACAAUGAUAAGUUCUUCAUGGGGAGCUCCAUCAGCUUUUUCAAAAGGUUUCAACCUUCAACAUGUUUUGGAUGGUCUAUAUGGAAGACACUUGCAUGUGUAUAGCUGGCCUGAAGGUGAACUGAAGCAAACAUUGGACCUAGGAAGUUCAGGACUUUUACCAUUGGAGAUUAGGUUCCUCCAUGAUCCUUCGAAGGAUACUGGGUUUGUUGGAUGUGCUUUGAGCAGCAAUAUGGUGAGAUUUUAUAAGAAUCCAGAUGGCUUAUGGAGCCAUGAGGUUGUGAUAUCCGUAAAGCCAUUGAAGGUCAAAAACUGGAUUCUCCCUGAAAUGCCAGGGCUCAUAACUGAUUUUCUCAUCUCUUUGGAUGAUCGAUUCCUUUACUUUGUAAACUGGUUGCAUGGAGAUGUGAGGCAAUAUAACAUUAAAGACCCAUCAAAGCCUAUAUUGGCAGGACAAGUUUGGGUGGGCGGCCUCCUUCAGAACGGUAGCCAGGUCAUUGCUGAGACAGAAGAUGGAAACGAAUUCCAAUUCGAUGUCCCAGCUAUUCAAGGCAACCAACUGAGAGGAGGGCCACAGAUGAUACAGUUGAGCUUGGACGGUAAGAGACUCUACGUGACAAACUCGCUCUUUAGCACAUGGGAUCGACAGUUCUAUCCCGAACUUGUAGAGAGAGGCUCUCAUAUGUUACAGAUCGAUGUGGACACCAACAAAGGUGGGCUUUCUUUAAAUCCCAACUUCUAUGUGGACUUUGGAGCUGAACCGGAUGGGCCAUGUUUGGCUCAUGAGAUGAGAUACCCAGGUGGAGACUGUACUUCUGACAUAUGGGUUUGAGGGACAAAGUCUAAGAACGAUAUCCUUGUGUUUAAAUAAGAUAAUAAGCCAAUGUUGCAAAAUCAGAUUUCCACUUAGAAUAAGCUCCAAAAUGUGUGAAACCUCUUUUUCCUUGUGUUGUCUUGUAACAUCUUGGGUGGAGUAAAUAAUGGAAUAUCAAACUCAGGCCCGUUUAUUUCAUUACAAAAUUGGCAAUGCGGUUUGUUGUGUUAGUAUGGACAUUCCCUUUGUUAGUAUGGACAUUUCCUGGUA